AUGCCGGUCUUCGAGUCGAAGCCACUGAACCCUCCCAAAUGGCAGGCCGUUGCCAACAAGACUUUUUCCAAGAAUCCCCUCAUCUUUGGCAUUCCAUUCGUCUUAAUCAUGGUCGGGGCAUCUUUUGCAAUGACGCCCUUUACCCAAACACGAUAUGACCUACACGACCAGCAAGUCAAGGCGGUCACGAAGGAACAAGAGCUGGGACUGUCAAAGAACAGGAAAAAGUUUGAUAUACGGGAAGAGUACUACCGUCUGAGCGCAGAAGUCGACGAUGAGUGGGAACAGAGGAGAGUACCGCGACCCAAGGGCGUCCCAGAAUGGGGCGUACCGCCCACAGAGCCACCGGACAAGAAAUCAUAA